CAAAGUCAUUUGUGGUGCAAUAUAUGGAGACAAGGAGAACAGUAGAUAUAUACAUUACAGUGGUGUCUCCAGUAGCAGACAUAAACAGCCCCUGCAUACACAUUUACACACAGAGGAGGUUGAGAAAUGCUGCCUGCUGUGCUCCCAUGGUGCCUUGAGUCAUGCUGUGAGGAUGAGUGGCUAGCAGCAUAGGCCUCCUCAUUUGCUAGGUGUGCCCAGAAGCCCUUAGCCAAAUGAUGUCAGCCAUACAUGAGCCAGGCAGGAAGGGGAGAGAAGUCAUUAGCACAGGAAUUACAGGGAGGAGGAGGGUCAAAGGCUAAAGGGGGUCAGACCCAGGGACUCCACUACUAUUGUCAUUCAUUCAUCCAUUGCCUGGACACUAAUAGUCAGGGAUCUGCUGUGUGGAGCCAGGUGGAGAAAAUGGUUCUGCAACCUCGUCGUGUUCGUCUAAAGCCGUGGCUGGUGGCUCAAGUGGACAGUGGACUGUAUCCUGGUCUUACAUGGUUAAACAGGGAGGCCAAGAUAUUUCAAAUCCCAUGGAAGCAUGCUACACGUCACAGUCCUCAGCAUGAAGAAGAGAACACAAUCUUCAAGGCAUGGGCUGUGGAGACAGGCAAGUAUCAUGAAGGAGUGGAUGAUCCUGAUCCAGCCAAAUGGAAGGCCCAAAUGCGCUGUGCCCUAAAUAAGAGCCGGGAGUUCAAGCUCAUGUAUGAUGGCACCAAAGAAAUUCCUAUGAAUCCUAUCAAAAUCUAUGAGGUGUAUGACAUACCUCAGUCUCAAGGAUCAAUCAUUAACCCAGGUUCAACCGGAUCCUCACCAUGGGAUGAUGAUGACUAUGAAGAGGAAGAUAUAAACCAGUCUCAACUUCAUGUCCCAAUCCAAGAACCAUUCAAUGGAUUAACUAUUAAUGAUACUCCUAUGGCCCCUGCCAACAUUGAACGUUGCCCACCAGAGCCAAAUUGGCUAAAAUCAGAGCCACAAGAUAUGGAGGUCCCACAGACCCUAGGAGCGAUGGAAUUUUUUACUUCUGAUUUGUGGAUUAAUUCUCUGCCAAUAACAGAUUUAGAAAUUCAGUUUCUGUACAGAGGGAAAGAGAUUGGCCAGACAACUGUCAGUAACCCCCAAGGGUGCCGAUUAUUCUAUGGACAUCUGGGUCCAAUGCCCAAUGAGGAAGAGCUCUUUGGCCCCAUAAGUCUUGAGCAGGUUCGGUUCCCUGGUCCAGAUCAAAUAGUCAAUGAGCGGCAGAAAUUAUACACAAGCCGCCUUCUAGAUGUCAUGGACAGAGGCCUUAUAUUAGAAGUGAGCGGACAUGCCAUCUAUGCCAUAAGACUAUGCCAGUGUAAAGUAUACUGGACAGGACCUUGUUCUCCUUCUCCAAAUGCUCCGAAUUUGAUUGAGAGACAGAAGAGAGUGAAACUUUUCUGUUUAGAGACAUUUCUAAGUGAACUCAUUACACAUCAGAAAGGAAGUGGAACUAAGCAGCCGCCAUAUGAAAUCUACUUGUGUUUUGGAGAGGAAUGGCCUAAUGGUAAACCAAAGGAGCGCAAACUUAUCAUUGUUAAGAUUAUUCCAGUGGUGGCCCAGUUGAUUCUUGAAAUGUUUUCUGGAGAUGUCACUCGCUCCUUUGAAAGUGGAAGUGUUUGCUUGCAGAUUUCUGUUCCUGAUAUCAAAGACAACAUUGUUGCCCAACUCAAACAGCUUCACCACCUCUUACAGAACCCCCAGGCUCCCAAUGGCUGGCCAGUUAUGCACCCAAACAUGCAACAGCUAAAUCUGCAGCAUUUAUCUUUGCAGGCACCAAAUCUUCUGCCACCAAACCUUCAUAUUGGCCAUGAACUACACACUAACUUGUAAGAUCGUGCCGUGAGGACUGUUUGAGGAGAAUAGGUGUACUCUGUUGUGGCAUAGAGUACUGUGACUUUACUUUGUUACCUAAAAGUGUACAACCGGAGUUAUUUAACCCUGGAAAAGAUAUAGGAGGCAGAAUUUGAAUGUAGCCACAUUGUACCUUCUGUUUUCUUGCUCCAGAGUCCAGAGUACCACUGCUUAUAUUAUUACAUAUUUAAAUUAUCUACAUUUCAAACAUUUUUUUUGUAAAUAUUUUCCUUCUCCCGAUAAUAAGCAUCAGGUUAUAUGUAUCUAAUGUAUAUAUAUGCUUUUUAAAUGCCUCAAGAAAGCUGGCAUUUCUAUGGCAUAUGCACCAAUAAUCAGUUCGCAAAUUUUAGCAACCAUGAAGUAGUCAGUGCUUUAUUUAUUAUUUCAAAGGAGUUAUUUUGGAUAACAAAUAUUUUUUUACAUGCCUUUUUGUGCAUUAAAGACUGCAUUCUCUCCUGAUGCUGUCACGUCUUCUGGACUCCACUGCAGUCUUUCCCCCCCCCCCCUUUCUCCUCCUUCUCUUGAUGUUUUCUCUGCCAAGCUGAGCAGGAACAAAACAUCAGAAGUAGGAAGAAGAGGACCAC